AAGGCAUUCAGCCGUGUGUUAGCUAGAGCUGGAGCAGCGGCAGCGGGAGGAGCGGCACCAGAAAACAGAGCUGAAAUCGACGCUGUGGGAGAAAUGCUGCUAUAAUGGGUGUAUAUAGCAUAUGUGGAGUUUUUAAACAUUUUUCUGCCGGCCUGCUCUGAUCGUUGCUUCACGUAUAAAGACGUUUUAGGCUGCAUUUUCCCGUACUUGGCUUUGGAUUUCCAGAGGACUUGAGGAGGGAUCAUUUCUGUAGGAUAGCAUUGUGACCAAGCCCAGCUCCAGCAAUGUCCGGGGCCUCGGUGAAAGUUGCCGUCAGGGUGCGCCCCUUCAACUCGAGGGAGAUCAGCAAAGAAUCAAAAUGCAUUAUUCAGAUGCAAGGGAACUCCACCACUAUUUUGAAUCCGAAGGCCCCAAAAGAGUCACCAAAGUCCUUCAGCUUCGACUAUUCCUAUUGGUCACACACCUCGCCGGACGACCCCACUUUUGCAUCUCAGAACCGUGUAUAUAAUGACAUCGGCAAGGAGAUGCUGCAGCACGCCUUUGAAGGCUACAAUGUUUGCAUCUUCGCUUACGGCCAGACUGGAGCUGGCAAGUCUUACACAAUGAUGGGCAAACAGGAGGAAGGACAGGAAGGCAUCAUCCCUCAGCUCUGUGAAGAUCUCUUUGAGAAAAUCAAUGACAACAUCAACGAUGAGAUCUCAUACUCGGUGGAGGUGGCGUAUAUGGAGAUUUACUGUGAGCGAGUGCGGGACCUGCUGAACCCCAAGAACAAAGGGAACCUGCGUGUGAGGGAGCAUCCUCUUCUCGGACCGUACGUAGAAGAUCUGUCCAAACUGGCUGUCACCUCGUACACGGACAUCGCUGACCUCAUGGACGCUGGCAACAAGGCCAGAACGGUUGCCGCCACUAACAUGAAUGAGACCAGCAGCCGCUCCCACGCUGUCUUCACCAUCGUCUUCACCCAGAGGAAGCACGACACUGAGACAGAUCUGUCUACAGAGAAGGUCAGCAAAAUCAGCCUUGUGGACCUGGCAGGCAGUGAGCGCGCUGACUCAACUGGGGCCAAAGGCACCAGACUGAAGGAAGGUGCAAACAUCAACAAAUCUCUCACUACCCUGGGCAAAGUGAUUUCUGCCCUGGCAGAGGUGGAUAACUGUACCAGCAAGAGCAAGAAGAAAAAGAAGAGUGACUUUAUCCCUUACAGAGACUCCGUGUUAACAUGGCUUCUGAGAGAGAAUUUGGGUGGGAACUCAAGGACUGCUAUGGUGGCUGCUCUGAGCCCUGCUGACAUUAACUAUGAUGAGACUCUGAGCACCCUGAGAUACGCAGAUCGGGCCAAGCAGAUCAAGUGCAAUGCUGUGAUCAACGAGGACCCCAAUGCCAAGCUGGUGCGCGAGCUGAAGGACGAGGUGCUGCGUUUGAAGGAUCUGCUCCGAGCUCAGGGACUUGGAGACAUUCUGGACAUCGAGCCAAUGGGGGAUGAUUAUCCUGGAAGUGGAAGCAAAUGUGACAGCAUUCAGCUAAGUUCUCACUUCCGGAGGAAAGACCUGAAAGAUAUUCACAACAAUAAGCAUAGAUACUUGCUAGCCUCAGAGAACCAACGGCCUGGCCAUCUCUCCACAGCGCCGAUGGGGUGCCUGACCGCAUCGCCGUCGUCUGGCUCUCUGUGCAGCCAGGCCGGCCUGCAGUCCGUCUCCAGCAUCCAGGAGCGCAUCAUGUCCACUCCCGGCGGAGAAGAGGCCAUCGAGAGGCUCAAGGAGUCCGAGAAGAUUAUAGCCGAGCUGAAUGAGACGUGGGAGGAGAAGCUGAGGAAGACUGAGGCCAUCCGGAUGGAGAGAGAGGCUCUCCUGGCAGAGAUGGGAGUUGCCAUCAGGGAGGACGGGGGAACUCUCGGUGUCUUCUCUCCUAAAAAGACUCCUCACCUGGUUAACCUGAACGAGGAUCCGCUCAUGUCGGAAUGUCUGCUCUACUACAUCAAAGACGGAAUCACACGGGUGGGCCAAGCAGAUGCAGAGAGAAGGCAGGAUAUUGUUCUGAGUGGAGCGCACAUCAAAGAGGAGCACUGUAUCUUCCGCAGCGAAAGGAAUGCCAAUGGAGACGUGAUUGUGAUGUUGGUUCCGUGUGAGGGAUCAGAGACGUAUGUGAAUGGCAAGCGUGUGAUGGCUGCAGUCCAGCUGCGCUCAGGUAACCGUAUAAUCAUGGGAAAGAACCAUGUGUUCCGCUUCAAUCACCCUGAGCAGGCACGUGCUGAGCGAGAGAAGACCCCAACAGCUGAGACCCCCGUAGAGCCUGUGGACUGGACCUUUGCCCAGAGAGAGCUGCUGGAGAAGCAGGGCAUCGAUAUGAAGCAGGAGAUGGAGAAGAGGCUUACUGAGAUGGAGAUCCUGUACAAAAAAGAGAAGGAGGAGGCCGAUCAGCUGCUUGAGCAACAGAGACUGGUCUAUGAGAGCAAGCUUCAAGAACUGCAGAAACAGGUGGAGACUCGCUCACUGAUCGCAGAAACUCCUGAUGAAGAGGAGGAGGAGGAAGAAGAGGAUGAAGUGCCAUGGACUCAGCAUGAGUUUGAGCUGGCUCAGUGGGCUUUCAGAAAGUGGAGGUACCAUCAGUUCACCUCAUUACGAGACCAGCUGUGGGGGAACGCAGUGUACCUGAAGGAGGCUAAUGCUAUCAGCGUGGAGCUCAAGAAGAAGGUCCAGUUCCAGUUUGUGCUGCUGACGGACACUCUGUAUUCUCCACUCCCUCCGGAGCUGCUGCCUCCUGAGCCGGAGAAGGAGCGGGACUCCAGGCCUUUUCCUCGCACUGUGGUGGCUGUCGAGGUCCAGGACCUGAAGAAUGGAGCCACUCACUACUGGUCCCUGGAGAAGCUUAAGCAGAGACUGGAGCAGAUGCGAGAGAUGUAUGACCGUGCAGGAGAAAUGGCCUCCUCCAACCAGGAGGAUGGGGAGGGGCCCUUGACCGGCAGUGACCCUUUCUAUGAUCGUUUCCACUGGUUCAAGCUAGUUGGGAGCUCUCCCAUCUUCCACGGCUGUGUGAAUGAGCACCUGGCUGACCGCACGCCCUCGCCCACCUUCUCCACGGCCGACUCUGACGUGACUGAGUUAGCUGACGAGCGUCAGAGCGAGAUGGAGGACUUCAUGGACGAUGAGGCGUUUGUGGACGACACCAGUUCAGACGCCGGCACCGAGGAGGGCUCGGACAUCUUCAGUGAUGGCCAGGACCCCUUCUAUGACCGCUCUCCGUGGUUCACUCUUGUGGGCAGGGCUUUCGUGUACCUGAGCAACCUGCUGUACUCUGUGCCCCUGGUGCACCGUGUUGCUGUAGUGACGGAGAAGGGGGAGGUGCGCGGGUUCCUGCGUGUCGGGGUCCAGGCCAUCGCUGCUGAUGAAGAGGCUCCUGAUUAUGGCUCUGGUGUGCGUCAGUCUGGAACUGCCAAGAUCUCCUUUGAUGAUGAAUAUUUCAAAAAGAGUGAUUUCUCGUCCGUGGCUAUGACCCGAUCCGGCCUCUCUUUGGAGGAGCUGCGUAUUGUUGAAGGCCAAGGGCAGAGUUCAGAGGUCAUCACCCCUUCGGAGGAGAUGAACAGAAUAAAUGAAAUGGAUCUGAAGCUCGGGAACGUGGAUACUAAGCUGGGACUAUCAGAAGGUCUGGCUGGCCAGCUGGAGGUGGGCAGUAUCUUUACCUUCCGCGUCACGGUGCUGCAGGCCAAUGGCAUCCUGCCAGAGUACGCAGACAUCUUUUGCCAAUUCAACUUCCUCCAUCGUCAUGAUGAGGCUUUCAGCACAGAGCCGCUGAAGAACACAGGCAAAGGCACCCCGCUGGGAUUCUACCAUGUGCAGAAUAUUUCUGUGGAAGUCACAGAGUCCUUUAUCGAGUACAUCAAGUCCAAGCCCAUUGUGUUUGAAGUGUUUGGACAUUACCAGCAGCAUCCGCUGCAUCAUCAUGGACAGGAUGCGGUCAGCCUUCCUCAACCUUCUAAGAAAUACUACCCUCCACCCAUGCCUCUGUCCAAACCAGUGCCAGCCACCAAGUUGAACACAAUCAGCAAGUCAAACCUGGGCCAGUGUGUGAGCAAGUAUGACCUGCUGGCCUGGUUUGAGAUCAGUGAGCUGGAGCCAACUGGAGAGUAUAUCCCAGCUGUAGUGGACCACACUGGAGGACUGCCCUGCCAUGGCACAUACCUACUGCAUCAGGGCAUCCAGCGCAGGAUCACAGUCACGCUCAUCCACGAGAAGGGCAGUGAGCUGCACUGGAAGGAUGUUAGGGAGCUGGUGGUUGGUCGGAUCAGGAACAAGCCGGAAGUAGACGACACAGCCGCAGAUGCAGUGCUCUCUCUCAACAUCAUCUCAGCCAAAAACAUGAAGUCCUCACACAACACCAACAGGCUGUGUAUUGAUAACGAUAUCCCUAGGACGUUCUACCGGUUUGAAGCGGUGUGGGACAGCUCUCUGCACAAUUCUCUCCUGCUCAACCGUGUCACCCCCUACGGAGAGAAGAUUUAUAUGACCCUGUCGGCGUACCUGGAGCUUGACCACUGCAUCCAGCCAGCCAUUAUCACCAAAGACAUCUGCAUGGUGUUCUACUCUAGAGACGCCAAGAUUUCUCCUCCACGCUCUCUGAGGAAUCUGUUCGGCAGUGGCUAUUCCAAGACCCCUGACUGUAACCGAGUGACUGGUAUCUAUGAGCUCAGCUUAUGCAAGAUGGCUGAUACAGGAAGCCCAGGCAUGCAGAGGCGGAGGCGGAAGGUUCUGGAUACGUCAGUGGCGUAUGUGCGUGGAGAGGAGAACCUGGCUGGCUGGAGGCCCAGAGGAGACAGCCUGAUCCUUGAGCAUCAGUGGGAGCUGGAGAAACUUGAACAACUGCAUGAGGUGGAAAAGACCCGUCACCUGCUGCUGCUGCGGGAGAAGCUGAGCGAGUCGGUACCUCAGAAAUCCCUUAGUGAUUCUCUCUCUCCCAGUCUGAGUAGUGGUACCCUCAGCACCUCCACCAGCAUCUCUUCACAGAUCUCCUCCACCACCUUUGAGAGUGCCAUCACGCCCAGCGAGAGCAGCGGAUAUGACUCUGCUGACAUUGAGAGCCUGGUGGACCGUGAGAAGGAGCUGGCCACCAAGUGCCUCCGUCUCUUGACCCACACCUUUAACAGUGACUACAACCAGCUGUGCAACAGCAUCAGUGACUGCAAGUUGUCAGAUAUCUCCCCAAUGGGUCGAGAUCCAUCCGUCACCAGUCUCAGUAGUGCCACACUUACCCCCUCCUCGACCUGCCCCUCCCUGGCAGACUCCCGCUGUGGCUCAGUGGACCAGAAGACUCCUGAAGCUAACUCCCGCGCCUCUAGCCCAUCCUGCUCUGACUAUGAGAACUUCCCCAUGGUGCCGACCCUGGAGACAUCCUACCUGGCCCGUGCUGGCAAACACGAGUUCCUCAACCUGGUGCCCGAUAUAGAGGAGAUGAGACCUGGGUCUGUGGUGUCUAAGAAAGGUUACCUAAGCUUCAUGGAGCCUCGCUCCAAUUCCUGGUUGAAGCACUUUGUGGUGGUGCGCCGGCCAUACGUCUUCAUCUAUAACAGUGACAAGGACCCAGUGGAGAGAGGUGUGCUAAACCUGUCCACUGCACAGGUGGAGUACAGUGAAGAUCAGCAGGCUAUGCUUAAGACCCCCAACACAUUUGCUGUGUGUACCAAGCACAGAGGAAUUCUGCUCCAAGCCAACAAUGAUAAAGACAUGAAUGACUGGCUCUAUGCCUUCAACCCGCUGCUAGCAGGAACAAUAAGGUCAAAACUGGCGAGAAGACGCUCUGGUCUGAUGAAGAACUGAAGAGGCUUGUGGGUGUGCAGAGACAGUGCUGUGUUUCUUCUGCCUCGCCUUUGAACAUACCAAGUGUUAACACUUAUUAAUCUUUGUGAUUCUUGAUGGUUUUCUCUUGUAUGUAGACCUGUGGCUUAAGUCUCCUCUCCAGCUCUUGAGAACUUUUCAGUUCCUGAAAGCCCACUUUUCCCUUCUCUCUUUUCUUCUCCCUCUCUCUCUCUCUAUCUCUCCUAGCCUUUUGCUCUUUUGUUGGGAUCCGUUCCGUCUUAAGUUUUCGUUCUUUGUCAUAACGGAACCUUCUUCUAGUAGCAUGUCGUAUAGUCUAUUUGUGUGUGCACGAUUCUUCAGAACAGUUUCUAUCUCCUCUCUCUUGAGUUACUACUCGUCUGUAAAGAUUGUCUUUAUCAGUGUUAUCUGUUGAGUCAGGUACAUUUUUCCCCGCAUGGCGACAGCAGCAGCAGCAGUCCUCAGGAUAAGACCAGUUUGCUUACAAAGCCACACAGAGUACACCAGAGAAGUUAAAUUAAAAAGACAUUAUAUGACUAAGCGAAACUAAAUAUUUCUCUCUUAGAAAGAAACUUUAGUGCAGUAGUAGAACUUUUUUACAUUAGUAAAUGAGUAGAUGACCCAACGUACAUAGAAAGAGAAUGAGGCUCGAGGUUCAGGUAUUUGCCCGGUUAUUAAACCAUGGAGAGAUUUCAGGAUUUCCCAUAUUUUGACAAGUAUUACUGUUGAACUGUGGAUGAACCAGUUGCUGAUGUCAUCGAUGGCCCAUAUCAGGUGGUUGGUGCUAGCUGUAGCACAGAGAGUGUUUGCUUGCUUGGCAUCAAUUGAUUCAAUAUAGUGCGGGGAAAACCAUUCUUACCCUCUGUAAUAAUUGGUAAUGAUUGGGUACCAUUACCAUGUAGCACUAGGAGAGAGAAUAUAUGAGAAGGGAUCACUCACUUUCCUGAGCUGUAUGAUCGGUUCUGCUGUUCCGUGCUCUUCAGAAAAUGGAACCUUAAAAAAAAAAAAAGAAGAAGAAGAAGAAAUAAAAGAUGAUCACAAGUUAAAAAGAGAUACGAAACAAAAGUGACUGGAACAAAGUGACUAAUGUGACUAGGGCGAAGGUCAUAUAUCUGUACAUAGUAUUCAGGAUUACUAUGCUUAAUGCUCCUCGUUAAGAUACAAGAGACAUUCCUUUCGUGCUGACCAUUAUCUUCUAUUUAUCGCAAGAUCACAGCGCUUACUUUAGCCAGAGGGAUUUGAUGUGUUUGAGUCUCUUGUGGUACUGAUAUACUGCAGCAGCACACUUUAAGAGAGAGGUAAGCUGCAUCAUUCAGUGGUUUAUUGUGACCAGGGAAUCCCUCAGUAGCAGCUGUGACCAGAACGGUGGCCAGCCUCUCUAGCUUUCCCCAUAGAAACAAGGCAAACAAAAAAUACUGCUACAGGACCGGACAAGAGCUGAACAUGGAUCCAUUAUCUAUUGUACUCAUUAUCUAUAUUAACUUAUUAUUUUUUAUUAUUUCUACUGAUCCUGUUUUUAUAAUAACCAUUUGCUUUAAGGGAAAAAGCAAAGUGAUGAAGGUUAUAUAAGAAGGGCAUUUUUGUUUCUUCUGUUUUCUUUGUAUCCAGCGAAACGUUUUGCACAUUAACAUAUGUUACACAAACAAAACCCAAACAGCUUGACCACUGAAGGAGAUUUGGGUCUGAGCACUGUCGGUAGAACGUAGACUUUGUUUAUGUUAAAUGCUUGACUGCGGUGAUGUUUCUUUGGUGUUUUGCAGUGUAAAGCAUAAGAAAAGGGACAUGAUAUGCUAUAUGAUGCUUCUUAAUUUAUUACUGGGAAAAUAUUUGCUCUGUGUGAAAAAUAAAUCUGUAACAUGUGAAUGUAGUUAAAUUUGUGGAUCAGCUGUUAUCCUUCCAUUAUAGCUGCAAGGCAAGAUCGAGAGGUUUGGACGUGUGAGUGGAGGACAUUAAGCUUCUGGCCAGCCAACCAGCAGGCUCUUUCCUUCACAUGCUCUCUAAAAGCUGUGCUCUCAAAUGCUACAGGGCGUUUUCACUCCUUAGUAAUGCAUUGUUAGUUCGGUGAGUUUAUUUGCAGGUGUUGUGCUGAAUUCUGUCAUUAAUGAAUAAUUAAGGUUAAUCUACAGUCACAGUAGAUACAGUAGAUACUCUGUUGUUUAAUGGUUGACGGUUCUGAAAUUGACCUAAAAGACUGAACUAUCAUAAAAAAAAAGUAUCUUCACACUGCAAACAAACCAGAUAGUUGUUCUUUUGUCCAGACCAAACAACAUAGGUGUGAAAGCGCUCUGUAAAAAAGGUGCUACAACAGGUUCUUUGAGUGUGUAGGAGCCUUCGGCUUAAUGGAAGGUGGGAAAAACAGCUGUUUUAAACACAUUAUCAGUGCAGCGAAGUCUAAAAAGUGAGAGCUGAAUGCCUUCUUUGCUGAUGUCUGACAGCUUUUCAUGAGUAAUAAAUGAAAACAAGCGAAAUUAUCUAGUCACCUGGUCAGCCAGCCUGAGAGACUAAAGUGGAAGCAUUUCGUUAUCUGUUUGAUUGUUAUUGAAUCUCGUGGUAAAGCGUCAUAUGGAUGCACAUCAGCAUAUAGUGGGAUAUAUAUUAAGAUAGGUGCUUUAUAUCAUGUGGUAAUCUCACUGUAAUUAUAGUAAAUUAUAAUGAAUUACAUUUCUCAACAGAGCAAAGAUUUUCACCAUUGUGUGAUGUUACUAAUAUUUAGACCUUCAUGAAGAAUUCUGUCUUUUUAUGUUCUUUUGCAAUGUAUAUAUUAGUUUGCAGCUCUUUGCACAUUCUAAGUGCUUAUGAUGACUUAACAUCAAAUAAAGCCUAAAGUGAGUUUCCGUUGUUUACUCAAUUAUGAACCAAAAGACGGGGUAAGAGCAGACUGUGUGGCGUGAUGCAUGGGUGGAGUGGACUUUGAAUGUACCUCUGGGAAGUCACUGGCAGAUAUAUUCACUCACUGGGACAGUUCAGAAGAUAUGUUGUCACUGUUAUCAUUUCUGGAUUGUCAGAAUGAACCAUUGUAAUGCUUCCUGUUGCUUGUCGCUUUCAUUCAGCUGAACGUUCAACGACACUACUUCAGACAGUCUGAGUCCAGGUCUGUACUUCAGAGUUAUGAUGAUGCAGGGAGGGCUACUGUUUAGAUUUAUUUUCUAAUAUCAGGGAAUCUAUUUUUAGAAGUAAUCCAAAAUUAGUCAUGAUUUAACGCUUCUACCAUUUUAAUCCUCUUUUGUUUGAUAUUUUGUUUCUCAGUCGUAUCUCAUAAUGCAUUUUCCCAUGCUGCCUUCAAAAAAAGACUAGUCCUUCACUCCCUCUCAGAGGCCUCCUUUUAUUAUUCAACUAACAUUCCCACUCAUUUUGUUGGAAGAAAACUAGCUAAACCCAGGCAUUAACACUGUACAUUAUUUGUCAGAUUGGCUUCAUUUUCAUACUUAUUUUGUAAAUAUUCCAUGUUGUAUGGAGCUUGAAUUAAAAUGUAAAUAUGUCUCCUGUAUUUGUAAUAAUUAUAAUCCAUUCGCUGUAUAGCCUAGAUGUGUACUGCAGAUCUCUUAAUUCUGUGUAUUGUAAUCUUGCACCAUUGAACUGUUUAGUGAAUGAGGUAACAAUAAAAGUCCAACCAGUGCAUUAGCAGA